AUGUUGCGAUUGUAUACAACAUUAAAAAGAAUUCAAAAGCCGAAUGUUCGAUUCUUACGCAAUAAUAACCACUCAGCCGUAUAUCCGCGAUUAUUAAGGGAUUUUCCUAAAACGCAAUGUUCUGUUUUGUCUAACGGACUAACAGUUGCAACAGAAGAAAGACAGUGUAACAAUGUGUGUAUUGGAUUUUAUAUAGAUGCUGGAUCUCGACAUGAAAACGAAUCUGAAAAUGGCAUUACACAUUUUUUUGAACACAUCGCUUUUAAAGGAACGACAAAUACUUCAAAAACGGAUCUAGAAAGUGAAAUAGGAAAAACUGGAGCAAAAUUUCAAUGUUUCACAACUCGUGACACAUCAGUUUAUUACGCAGAAUGCCUUUCAUCAGAAGCAAAAUGUGUCGCUGACAUAUUAUUUGAUUGCAUCUUCAACAAUUCGUUUUCAGAUACAGAAAUUGAAAUUCAAAAAAACACUGUGCGUGAUGAAAUGUUAAUGCACGACAGAUUUUCUGUUAAUAUUUUACAUGAUUAUUUACAUUCGUCCGCUUUUCAGGGUACACAGUUAGGUCAAACAGUGAUGGGUCCAAGUAGUAAUCUUCAUAAUUUAAAAUCCUCUGUGAUUUCCGAUUAUAUAACUAAAUUGUUUAUACCCGAGAGAAUUGUAUUUGCGGCUGUCGGGAAUAUAAAACAUGACUUAAUGAUGAAUUUAGGACAACAGUACUGUAUCGCAACAGAAUGUCCAAAGUGUGUUUCUUUAGGUUCUCUUAGAUACACAGGCUCUCAAAUCGUUUACAGAGAUGAUUCAAUGGACGUAGGUCAUAUUGCCAUUGCCGUAGAAGGUCCAUCUUUUGGUGACAAAGACAAGAUCGUAAUGGAACUUGCUGCCUUAGUUUUAGGGGGCUGGGACAAAUCGCAACCAAGUGGAACAACUCAUGGAGUGCACCUCGCUUGUGUUGCUUCAGCAGGCGGGUUAUGUAAAUCUUACAAAACAUUUCAAUAUUAUUAUCAAGACGUUGGACUUUGGGGAGUCGAAUAUAUUUCAUCAAGGGAUGAAGUAGAUGAUAUGCUUUUGGCAGUACAAAAUGAAUGGAUGCGACUAUGUUAUUUGAUAACCGACGACGAGUUAAUAAGAGCAAAGAAUGAGAUGAAAAGCAAAAUCAUUAUGAAUUACCAAAGCACGGUUUAUACUUGUCAUGAUAUUGGUUAUAAUAUUCUCCGUAAUGGGCACUAUUCUGACCUUCAUGAAAUAAUAAGUAUAAUUGACAAAAUAACAGCAAAUGAUUUGAAAAACGUUUGCGGAAAAUACAUAUAUGAUCGAUGUCCAGUUGUUGCAGGAAUAGGAUCGACCGAAAAUCUACUCUCCUACUCUAGAAUUAGGAGUUAUAUGUAUUGGUUACGAGUAUGA